GACUACCCAAAAACCUGCUAGAGGCCCGCUGGGUCGUUAUGUUAUAUUGGCUCUUGCCGCCUCUCUUUCGCGUGCGUGUAUGCCAACCAUCUCUUCCUGUAUCAAUCAGCCCGUAACGUCACGAUCUGACCUGCUUUGGAUGUCGCAUCUUGCUGCAGAAUUAAUCUCACCAAAACCAAUUCAUUAUUAAUUGUUACCCGCAGCAUUGCCAGCUUUGUCGCAAAUUUCUACAUUCUCGAUUGAGGAGCUGGACACACCGCGAAAUUACAGCUUGUCGUUCCACCAGCCACCCGCAGCCCCGUCCUAGCAACGACACCGUCAAGUCAACCACCGCCCGAACACUCGCUUGACCAGGGGCCGAGAAAAUCCUCCUUCCUUGUUUCUACUCUACAUACGGAGUAUUCAUCUUUGAUAUAUCUGUACGAAAAUCCGACGAAACCUAUACGAUCAAAAGUCCUCCCGAAUUUCCUUUGUCUGUAAUUCUGUUGCUCGGCCGACUCCAACCUCGAACUCGACCUACUCUGCUCUCCCCAAUUGUGGUUGCUUGUGGAUGUACCCCCUUUGAUCAAGGAGCUUUGCAUCCGCAAUCACAAUGGGGUCUACCGAAUUUGGAAAUUUUCAUGACUUUUGCAGAGAUUCGACUCUCCCAGUCUGUAAUGUAUGUCCGACCUUCCUACCUACUACCUACUACCUACGCCAUACAUCGUCAUGUGGAGUCGGGAACAAUGGGGACAUUACUGAUCGUCGAUAGCUUUUAUCUCAGAACCACGAUCAGAAUGGCAAUUGGGGAGGCUGCGAGCUCACGGGUAUCUCCCUGAGCGGAGGGCGGCAUCUGGGAAAUUUAGGAUCAAUCCUCCUCGCCGGAGCUGCCAUUGUUACCGCCGUCUUUCUCCUGUUGCGAUCCGAAAAGAAGCGAGCUGCCGUUGGUCGAAGGGAGAUGCAAAUGUUUCUCGUCGGCUACAUCAUCAUCAGCAUAUGCGAGAUCUUCUCAGUAGGAGAGUUCCCACUGAAUAGCACAGUGAGAAUUGCUUUCUCUGCUAUACAUAUUGGCAUGAUCAUUGCCACGUGUUGGAUUCUAAUGCUUAAUGCCGUUGUUGGGUACCAGAUCAUCGACGAUGGAACGCCACUCUCAAUCGCUCUAAUCGCCAUCUCGGCUCUUCUGUUGCUUAUCGGAACUGGCUACAUCGCCCUCGACACUGGCUUCUCGUGGACCGGCUACUGGGACGCUAGCUAUGAUGCUCCCAGGAACCGAAACAUCGCCCUUUACGUCCUUUACCAACUGGUCCCUCUAAUCCUCCUCGUCGCCUUCCUUGUUCUUGAGGCUAUCCUUGUAAUUCGAAUUCUGGGCGAGACGCGUCCUAUGAUUUAUCUUGCCGCCGCAGCUCUUCUUUUCGCCAUCGGUCAGGUCUUCAACUACGCGAUCAGCAAGUAUAUCUGUGACGGCACGAGUGGAAAGAUUGAUGGCGCCCUUUUCCAGACGCUAUUCACCCUGUUAUCCGUUAUCAUGGUUUGGGUUUUCUGGUCCAGUAUCACUGAGGACGACUGGCCCAUGCCGGUAGCCAACACCUACCCCUGAUGCGGCAGAUGAGCAUUUUGGCGGUAUUUCUCUUGGGACGGCGUUCAGUGGCGUAUCUUUUUUAUUCGGUUUCGAUAUCCCUCAUUACACUCGGCGGCCGAGCUCACGGUCGAACGACGUACAUACGUUGACGAAUACGAUUUUUUCUGGAGCAAAACGAAGUUGAUUUUCAUUUGGGUUAUACGGCCAUUUAUGCGACGCAACUCGAUAGACCGUUGGUUGGGUAUUUACAUGAGGAAGAAUUAUCUGCGAAUCAUGUUAAGAUGUGGAAGGAGGAUCGCGUUGCAGUUCUGCCAAUAGGCCUGGAUCUAAGAACAGUUGUUGGGCUGUAUGAUUCUACAAGCUGUUGUAGAAUAACCUCUUGUACAUCAGCUUGGAUAGUAUUUAUUAGUUUUCGACUGCGAAGUUAUACCCUGACGAGCGACUAAUGCAUAAGAAAUCGAAGUUAAUUUAAAAACUGAAAGAACAAUUUUUAAAAACCAGA